AUGCUCCCGGAACUAUCUCACAUGGACCGCAUAACCCAGCUUCAGGAUGAGAUUCAGCAGCUCUUGACGAUAAUGACCAAUAGCCUCGCCUACCUGACGUCAAGAUCCAACUUCUUGCAGGUCAGCGAGGACAUCCCCGUCACCAAGCAGCGUAAUUCGGAGAAGUUUGACCCACCAGAUGUCUACGAAGCGAAUCAGAAAGAGCUAGUUAAUGAUCUCAUCGUCAAAGCGAAGCAAGUCGAGUACCUCAUUCAGUCGCUCCCAAUACCCGAGCCGGAGGAGGAACAGGCGAAGCGGCUGCAAGCGCUGCAGGAGGAGAUGACGCAGGCGAACGAGGAGUACGUGCAGGCUGUGAACCGUACAAAGGAGCUGCACGGCCAGGUUGCAGCUGUGCUUCGCGAGAUGCUG